GUCUUCGUGCGAAGAAAUUAGCAAAACUAAUUUGAGAUAAACUGCUGCAACAUCUUAAUGAAGGAGAACUAAUGAACUUUGUAAUCUUAUAAAGUGCUCGGCGUGUCCGGCGCAGCAGCUGAUAGUCUGUCAUCGCCGUCCUUCUCGUGUAAAACAAAGAAUUUGCUGACGUACGGCGGAAAGGCUUUCAAUUUAAACAAGAAAUCGCAUCCUGGGUGGUCCUUACCUUCCAACCUCCAUCAUCAUCCGCACAUUUUCUCUCACCGAUCAGUGGCAAUAUACUUUCCUUACGAUUUGCGGCCCAGUUUAAAUUUUAAAUCGUAGACUGACGAUUAUAGUAAUCGACUAUCUCGCCGACUAUGGGCGAGAAGGCCUUGUCAAAGGACGAGACCAUUAUGUGAAGCGACACGCAUCGAGUUGAGGAGACCCGGGGACCUGUCACGGGGGCGUCGAUAGCUCGUUCGCUAGGGUGACCAUCGACGGGACGAAAAGCAGGAGACUCGAGAUACACUUGCGAAAGUAUUCGUCAGAAAUGGUCAGCCAACACGCGAUGGCCACCACCGUCCGUAAAGUUAAGCAGGAGAAUCGUCUUAGGCGGCAGAAUCAGAGCCAAGAUGAAGAAGGGCCUUACAAGCCAGUGCCACCGUCGAAACCGGUGUCAAAUAAUCAGAAGGACGUUCAGCAGGACGAACAUCGGGAUCAGUCGGUAGCCGAACGUACGUCGUUGCGAACGACUUCCGGUCCGGAAAGGAGUAGCGUCGCGGAGGACGGGCAGGUUCGAAGCGCAGCCGGGCAGCCCUUCGCACCGGAAUACAGAAUGCCACCCUUGUACGGGGAGGAGCAGAGUUCGGGUCAGGCUCAACAGGCGGCUAGUUUGCAGACUCACAGCAGCAAAUUUCCGAUAGAACGCGAGUUGAUCCUGUCGUCAGGAGACAAGAAUUCCAAGAUUCCUAUUCUUCACGAGUACAAACAGAGGACCGGAAGAGUCGCCAUCGCACCGGAUGCGCCGAUCAAGCAGCAGGCCUGGGUUCAGGAGGGAACUCAGAUGCAGGAAGUAAGACAGGACGGUCAAGCGAGGAACUAUCAGUCACAGGACGCCUACUCAUCGGCGUCUAGCGGAGCGGUACCGAGAACGACGAAAAUCGACGAGGAAAAGACAAAGUCACUCUCUAGAACUUAUCACACGAUUAAGGACAUGAUCUCGAGUCGUUUUGGCCCGAGUCGCAAGGACAUCGAGCCAGAACCGGAAGCCAGUCUGAACAACGUCACAGAGGAAUUGCGAAAGUCGAGCAGGAGUAUUGACGACGAUGAGACCAGGAAGAAGGAAGGAAUUUACGGAAAACCACGCGCGCAAGAGCCAUCGGUUAAUGUGCAACAAUAUUCGAAGAAUGCUUACGGUCAGUAUGGCCACACGUACAGCUAUCAAAGCAAUCAGCAAAACGUACCGCUGCCAGGCCAACUGCAACCGACCACGACCAUUCAGCCGAAUUUGCCAGGACAGAGCGCUCAGCUUCACGUGACCCACCAUACUCCGCCAGGAGGAAUUCAAACAGUUCAUCAAACUCAAGUUCCUGCUUUCGGCCAAACCGCGACAGGUGCGCAGCAGGUGCAAAAUGUUACGAGGGAGUACAUGGUUCAGACAUCGGGCGGCAUGACCAGCCAGCAAAUGCAUCAGGGAAUCCAUCAGAAUCCCACGCAGGCACAGGGGCAGGGCACGCAAGUGCAAAAACCACACGGUCUAUCCGUGCAGCAGCAUCAAGUGGGCAGUGCGAUGCCGCCGACGAGUCCGAGCUUCCAGAGUCCGCAGCAGUUGCUCCAUCAGAACCAGAAUCAUCAUCAGAGUCCGCGGUUCGCCCAGCAGCACGCCCAGAACAUGCAUCAGCGUCAGCAGCUGAUCCAGCAGAUGCACCAGCAGCAAAUGGCCGGUCAGCAGAGCUCGCAAACGCCGAACGCGCGCAACAUGCAGCAAUCGUAUUUUCCCAACAGCGUGUCUUAUCAGCAAUAUCAACAGGCGCGACAAGCCAUGUCGAGGUCGCAGAUCGAUCUUCCGAGCACGUCCAGACAGGCGCAGGAGCUCCGGGUUUCGGGUCAGGAGGUUUACUAUCAUUACGCCCAAGGAAGACCUCGUUACGGCGUUCCCCAGGUGUACAUGAAGACGGAGAGCAAUCAGGAAACGGAAUUUCAGAGGCGGAAUUCCGCGAAGGGUAUCGAGAAAGCGGCUUCGCAGCCGCAGCUCUGUUACGAGGACGAGCGUAAUGCUGAGGUUUCAAAAAACCCCACGGAGAAUAUGAAGAACUUGACGGUAGAUCCACUGGAUAAAGAGAGAUACGAGAUCACAGUGGAAGAUCGAAGUCAAGGUGAACACGGAAGAAACGGGUUACAAAGAAAUGAGGAGUACCGUCCGGAAACCAGUUUCGGUAUUCGAAGAGACGAGACGCGGACCUCGAAGAGGGAACAGGAACAUGGAUCAUCGAGUCAAGAGGGAGGUCAGGAUCAGACGGAGGGGAAUUCCGUGCAGAAGAGGAUCGAGGAAUUGCAGAAGAGAGCGGAGCAGGAUGGCCAUUUCAACAUCAAGCUAUCAAAAGACGACGCGGAUGGCUUGAGGGUCGGUCUGGCCACGAAGAUGAUCGGCGAAGCAUCGAAAAAGCUCGAUGGUGGACAAUAUAGCGGAAAAGAGCCUGCAGUGAAAUCAGAUAGCAGGAAAGACGAUCUGGAGCAGGGUAUCAGUCGAUUGAAGAUCCAGAAUCAAGGCUCGGGCUCGGAUUACGACAAGGCCGGUCAGAGUUCUUCGAAUGUCGAUUCCGGAAGAGGCUCCGCAGUCUAUUCGAGCGGAAGACGUCCGCCGCCUGAUGAUCAAACUUUAGCGCAAGUACAAGACUCCGAAUGGGUGGACAUAGUGGAGUCAGAGUUGAGAAGUAUUUUGGAGCCCAGGGACGUUCCAGCGAUGGCGCACUCUACUCUGUCCGAAAGUGUAUCCUCAGUAACACCGCCUCUACCGCCGCUGUCACCCCAUGACAGCCCACGUACACCAAGAAAUCGAUACUCAACGAGUUUACCCUACGGAUCAAAACCAAAUUAUAAUGAUUACGGCAAGGCUAUGGAAAAGAGAGGUUUCUCGAGCAGCGCAAAACAUCGUGGUGCUUCAACGUCCAAGAAAGAAGCCGCGAAAAAGUUUUCUCAUCUUUUUGGCGUAGAAGCCGCUGAUUUAACAUCUACUACGACAGGGCUUGAUUUGGAUUCCAUGUUAGACAGAAGCGACUCUGAUCUCAGUACCACCGACGCAAGAACCAUCAGAAAACAAUUGGAAGGAUUAGAAAAUAUGUAUAGCGAGGUACUUAAAUUGCUCGGCGGAAGUGUGAAAAAGAGGCGGAAGGCAAGAGGGCUCACUAGUUAUGGUUCAGUUUCGUCGUUGCCAACAUCCUCUGUUUCAUCGAGGCCAGUUACGAGGCAUCAUGACAAACGUAGGUCCCACGUGAUAGAUGACAGGAUGAAGAAAGCCAAAGAUAUCAAGAGCAUCAAUAAACGUUUUCAGCGACUGGAGUCGCAUGUAGUGACACUAGCCAGAUCAGUCGCCCAUCUGAGUUCAGAGAUGAGGACUCAGCACUUGAUGAUACAGGAAAUGGAGAGUAUAAAAUGCGAGAUUGCCACACUGCGAACGCAAACGAGCAUGGCAAUGGUGAGGUCACAGUCGCAGCCCCUGAUCAAGGAUUCGGAACUGCCGGCACUUUCGAAUCCCUCGAGAGUAAAGAAACUGACCAAAUUCUUCGGCACGGAGCCACCUCUCAUCAGACUGUUCCUGAGGGAACUUGGGUAUGAGAAAUACGCGGCCGCUUUCGAGAAAGAAAAAGUCGGGAUGGUGGAGCUGCCUUAUCUGAGCGAGGAGAGACUGCAAAAGAUGGGAGUUCCUUUGGGUCCAAGGUUGAGGAUCCUUCAAGAAGCACGGAUUUCGGUAUGCAAGGAUCCGAUUUACGUAGUAUAAAAUCUCCAUAAAAUGGCACAAACGUCCUAACACGCAAAUAGAAAGAAGAAAAAAA